AUGGGUCAGGUGUCAGUCAUCGUAGCUUUGAUCGUGGGCUGUGUCGUCGACAUAUCUGCUAGUGGGAUCGGAUCCAUCUUUGCCGAUGAAAAUCCGAUCAGACAAGUGGUGUCUGAUGGUCUACGGGAACUUGAGACCGUUGUUCUUCAAGUUAUUGGUCAAACUCCUCAUGCUCUCACCUUUGCUCGAUUCGCUCACAGGUACGGGAGGAAGUACCAAAGUAGUGAGGAAAUGAAGCACAGGUACUCGAUCUUCGCUGAAAGUUUGGAGACGAUUAGAUCGCAUAACAAGAAGGGGCUGUCCUAUACUCUUGGAGUCAACGGUGAGUCUUUUCUGCUAGUAUCAAUUUCGUGUUUCUAUUGA